AUAUAUUACUAAAUUUUAGUCUCUGCAACCAGUUUUUCUGCGUUAGUUACAGAAAUGCAAGAUAAAGGUGCAUAACUCUGCUAAUUAAGAAGAGAGUUACUGUACCUUAACCGUUAACGCCAGGAACAGGCAAAAUGAAGUUGUUUCUCCUGGUAGCAGUAUCAUUGAUGAGUGCAGUAUGUGCUGAAGGGAAGAUAGAUUUUAAGACCAGUAAAGUGGUUCGACUCCAGGGACAAGAUGCUGUGAACGCUUUCAGAAAACAUAGCCAAGUGAGAGCUGUUUACUUCUAUACAAGAGAUAUAAAAAACUUCAAAUUUUUCUGUGAAGAUUACAUGGCAGCUGCAGAAUCACUGGAAGCUUACGGUGUCUCUCUUGGAUUUUGUGACUGUACUGAGGAAGUAAACAAGGAUGUGGAGCCCUGUAACAUAAUUGGUGUGGAGAAUAGUAUCCAUACUUACAGGUCAGGAAAAGAGAUGCUGCUUCUAGAAAUGAGUAAAUUGUUUCAUGUACACUCUAUUGUGGCUGAUAUGCUACAGCUUGUGUUGUUACGAGACAUUCCAAUUCUACGAAAUGAAACAGAAGUCAGUAGUUACCUUAGUGACCAGAGCGGAAAAAAGGACAUAGUUUUUGCAUAUCUUGCAGCCCUUGGCACACAUGAUCAUCGUGCAUUUCUUGAAAUGGCCUAUGCAUAUAAGGACAAAUUGCAGUUUGUUAUCACUUCAGAUAGACAAGCCACCAAAACAUUUGGAGAGCAAAACCGUUCUAUAAAAGAUGUAUCUACAAUAUGGUGGGUGUGGGCAAGUGAUAGCAGUUUUACCAGUGUGAGAUACAGGGGCAAGUUCAAGGUGGAAGAUCUGUCCAAGUUUGCAAAUACUAUAACUAAGCCUAAAUUGUUUGACAUUCCUGCUGAUGGUAUAGAUCAUCCUUUCUCUUUGUUUGAAGUACCAAUUGUGAAAUUCUACUACAAAGAUGCUUUCAAAGAUUCAAUUUACAAAGAGGCAGAUAUUUUGAUGAGGUAUUAUGGAGGUUCUGUCGGAAUUCUGAUGAUUAACAUGGAUCGUGAAGAGGCAAAAUCAAAAUACACAGUUCCAGUGGAGUUACCUACAUGUAGUUUCCAACGUAAUGCCGAGGCUGAUGAAGAGUUUAUUCCUUCUGAUGUUAACACCCCCAGUGUUUUGAAUUUCAUGACUGAUAAAAUGGAUGACAAAGCAAUAAAUAUCUUAGAUGAUGGUUUCGAGGAAAGAACUAGUUCUGAAGAUCCACCAUACGUUCUUGAAGAAGUUACAAAACAAGAUGAUCCAAUUGCGGAAGUUGUUCAUGCUACAAGGAAAGUCGAGAUGCCAUUAGACUUAGUCCAGCCACUAACUGACAAGACUCACCCAAAGCUGGUCAAAGACUCGGAUACUGCUGCAGUUCUUUUUUAUUUCCCGUUUGAUGCUCUCAGUAUCGGCAAUUUACGUAUGUUUGGAGAAGCAGCAGACAUGUUUGGUCAGCAGACGACAUUACAAAUUGCGCGUGUCAAUUGUUACGACUGGACGGAUGUUUGCCAAAAGGAAAAAAUAACAAUUUAUCCAACACUAAGGGUAUAUAAAAAGGGCGAAAAGGCCUGGGACUAUAAAGGGCCACAGGAUACACAGGCUUUUUUCUCUGUGUUAAAGUUGUUAGAGUUAUCCCCUCCUGUAUAUGAGACAGACAAUGAAAAACUGAUGAAAUACCUUGUUGGGAAAGGGGAGAGUACUCUUACUGGAGUUACAAAUACAACUGUUGUUGGACUCUUCAGGAAAGGAGAUAAACAUGAGAAAGAAGUAUUCCAAGAGUUGGCCAGGAACUCUAGGGACAGGAUAAUGUUUGUGUACACUGAUAUAAAAGACGCUGACAACAUAGCAAAGAAAUUUAGUGCAAGUGUACCUACAGUUGUAUUGUCCAGAUAUGAUGAUGAGAUACAGCCUUAUACCAAGUUUGAUGGAAAGUUUACUUUGCAGAAUCUACAAGAAUUUGUGGACAUCAAUAAACUGCCUAAGCUGACUGUUUUGACACCAUUGAUGUUCCCAGAAGUGCGUCGGAAAUUCAGUGAACUACUUAUACUGUUCACUGAUGGUUCAGACAACUCUCGACAGUCAGAGGAUAUCGUAAGAGAAAUCGUGAAAGCUCAGAAAUUCGCUAAUGUCUCAUUUAACAUGAUGCAAGUUCCAGAUGAUUCCAGUGUUGGAUACAGAGUUUUAAAGGAAUACAUGGAAGAACCAGAAAUUCCACACUUAUCAUUUGUCAAGUUUCAAAAGGGUGAAGUGUUUAAUUUUGCUACAGGAGCUAUAGACAAAACAUCUCUUACAAACUGGCUUUCCAGCAUCUUUACUGGUGCCAUUGAACCCUCAACCAAAUUGCUUGAAGAAGAGUGGAAGCCAAUGAGCAAGGGGUUUGAAUACCUAAAGAUUAUUGAGUGGGAGAAGAGAAAUCCUGAACAAACUGGGUUUAACCCAGACAAGACCCCACUAGAUGAAGUUUCUGAAGAAACAACUGAUGAUGAUGAUGAUGAUGAUGUCAGUCCACAGAAAGAUGUAUCUGAGCUGCAAAGGGGACAACAUCAUGUGUUUCCAGGUAGAAGUAACCAUCAUGCACUGCAUGCUGAAAUGAUGCACAAGGAAGGUGAUUCUGCAGAUGAGGGUCACAGUAAUGACAAGGAGGAGAUGUCUGAAUCAGCAGAGCUAGAGAAUCAGGAAAAUUCUUCUGAAGAAAAGAAAGAUAAAAGCCACGAUCCAUCUGAGCUUUAACUUUGAUUUCUUGUACAGUGUAACCUCUGUUAAAGAAACUUCUGGAGAGUUAAUACCUCACUACAAAGUCCAAUAUUUUCUUUCCAUUAGAAACUGAACCUCUCCACAGCAACAUCAUCUCCAAAGCAACUGCAAAACUUCUUCCCUAUAUGGCUAUGCAUGUAAAAUUUUGAAAAAGUCCUCCAGGUGACAUGACUCUUUGAAAGGUUGCACUGUAGAUGAAACAACAAUAUCUGAAUUACAGAUACAGUCAAACCUGUGUAAAAGACCACCUCUGAACAGAGACCACCUGGCUCUAAAGACAGCAUGUUUUGUUUUGCAUUUUAACAUUUACAGUGUAUUUUAACUUGUGAAUAAAGACCACCUCCAAAUAAAGACCACAUUUUGCCUCUCCGAAGGGUGGUCUUUAUAGACACGUUUGACUGUACCUUGAAUUACAACAAUUUUUUCUUAAAAGUGACAAAACAAAAUAUAGCCUGUCACAAAAUUGUUUUUUUCUUCUUCUUUAGUUUAUAAAGAUUUUUUGUGCACUAACCCAUUUUUGUUUUCAUAUGAAAUAAAGAUAAAUUUGAAAAGGGGAUGUAUUUUAAUGCAGUAAUUAGAAAAAAAAACAAAAAACAAAUAUUGUAAGCAUCAUCAAGAAUUACUACUUUUAUUUAAACUGUAAAAGUAAACAUAAUUAAUUGUUAAAAUUCAUCAAAAAAAAAUUAUUUUUAUAUAAAAAAAGAAAUAUUAAAUUCUGGGUAAUUUUUUGUAAAAUAUUACUAGCAAAAUUUCAAUUAAAAUUGAUGAUGUUUUGGAAGUAUUUUCUGGAAAAUCAGGAAGCAUUUUUAUAACACUUAACUUAAUUUUUUGUUGUUGAAGUAUUUGAAGUAUUAGAAAACAUAGUUUUAGUUUAAGCACUUUUUGUAUUCUUUCAUAUUUACAUGUGACACAUUUACAAUAUAUGUCAUAUAAGUUGCCUAGAGGAUUACUCUCUCCCAAAAUUAUAUCUUUAAGAACGUACGCUAGAAUUCCCUGUAUAUGAGAUGGUCGAAAUUUUUCCCAGUAACAGAAUUUCUUCAAACUUCAGAUAUUGAAGGACAAUCAUAUAAGAAACAAAAAUAUGCAUUAAAAAUCAUAGGUCACCGGUACAGAAAAAGAGUUAUCUGCCCUUGAAAACAGCAUUUUUGGGGAAAAUGAUGUUUUCAAGGGCAGAUAACUCUUUCGAUACCGAUGACCUGUAUUUUUUAUCGCAUAUUUUUGUUUCUUAGAUGAUUGUCUUUCAAUAUCCAAAGUUUGAAGAAAUUCUAUUAUUGGGAAAUGUUUCACCCCGAAUUCUAGCGUCAUUAAUAAAGUACUUGAAGUUGGCAUUUAUGGAAAUCAUUGUUUAAAUGGUGUUUGGUGUAGACUGUUUUUUUCUGUAUAGUGCCAUAUACAUUUUUAAUAGCAUGUGUUAUAAUACAUUGUUGACUGCUUUGUAAGUUAUCUACAUGCACUCUUGAUGGAUGUUUAUUUAAAAGCUAUACAAGUUGAAGCCUUUUAACAGUACCAGAUCAUGCAGUUUACCAGCUUUCACUGCCAUUUUGAACUUUUACAUUUAGUUUUAUAAAAUGAUUCAGAGCAGUAGAUCCUGAACAUGACUUUUCAGUUGGAGUUAGAUCUGGUGAUGUUUUAGUGACAGCAAUUCCUGUGUGUUUCAUGUGAUUACAGCUGGUGUUAUAGGUGACAUAUAUACAGAUGUGCUAUAGGUCAGAUUGUUGUUUAUUUUUUUGUAAAAUGGGAAAUAUGAGAAAGCAGUGUGAUAGAAAUGAAACCAAGUAGUUUUUUGCUUAUUAAUGAACAAAUGAAGCAAGGAUUUUGUUUUUCAUAGAUGUGAUUGUUACUAGUAACUGAUAACUUGAUUAAUACAAGAUGUGGGAAUAUUUUGCUAUGCCGCAUGGAUUUUUUUAUUUUUUUAAAGGAACUAUUUUAUGCUGCUGUAUACUAAUAUUUCACCGUUGUAAAAAUUAUACAAAAAAAAUGUUUUCUAUCAUCAUUGUGAUAUAAUCUUUAAGCUUUACAUAGGUUUCUCACACUAUAUUAGAACAAAGGUUUGUCCAAUAACUUUGCUAACAAAAAUAUUAACAUUUCUGCAAAAUAUGCUUUUCUUGCCCACAGAGCUUUAUUAACAAGCUGUGAAAUCAUUUAAUAUUGUGGCCUAAAUGGCUUUUUCUUGGGCUUUUGAGUUCAUGGAUUUCACCUUUUGAACAUAAAGUGAAUGGGAAUUUUACUUGUUUAUUUAGAUUAAAUUUCUUAUAUUGACUUCUAUGAAUUCCAGGAAAAUAAGUCCCCCACAAAACUAAUGAUUUCACAGUAGACACGCUGCUUUUACUUACAUAUUGCUUUGCUUAGUGCUAAACAAAGAGUUAUUAAAGGGACAUGACUCCAGAUAGAGUCAAAUGUUUCGAGAAUUUCCAUUUAGUUAGUAAUCGUAUGUAGCAGGUACAACAAAGUGGUUCCACUUUUCUGUUCUUUUACUCUUAUGGCAUAUUCACAGCUACAUUUACAAAUAUUUUGUAAAGUCUGGUCACACUGUCCUUUUUACAGCUUUUGUUAUAGACAGUUGUUUGUUUACAUGUGCAUUUUAGUGCUGAUAUUUACUUUAAUAUAUAAGUUUAUAUUUAACAUUCUACUUAUAAUGUUCAUUGCCUUUUUGCUAUUGCUUAUAACAUUGUUGUCAAAUAUUUUACUUAAUAUCGCUUUUGUCAAACUGCUUAUUUUUUAUGCAGAUACAAAUGUACAUUCCAUAUUUUUACACAAAAUCAUUACAUUUUAAAAAAGCAUUUUUAUUCAUAUUUUUACAAAUCAUGUUUUGUAUUUUUACCACAGUGCUUUAGAACAAAUGUAACGUUUUACAUUAAUUAUUUUUUACAUUUUCCCUGGUUGAAGGAAAUAUGUUACUAUACACAUUUUUGGUUCAAGUUUGUUUAUUGGAAAAAAAUGUUUAAUUAUAUUGUUAAUUUAGUGCUAUUAUGCCUGCAAUAAAUUGUUGCCAUUAUAUAAUCUUAGUAUACAAACAUUUUCAUGUAAAGAAGGUUAGGGUAGGAGAACACAAUUUUUUGUUGUUACUAUAGAAACAAACGUAUAAACCAGCUUGCUGCCAGGAUUUUGUUUUAGUGUGGCAUGGUAAUCAUAAAUACCAUGUAAUUUAUUUACUGUAGUCACAUAAAGUAAAGAAAAGGUCUUUAUGUACAGUUGUGCAGCGAAAUCCUUCUAGUAGAAUUUGGGCUUUAGUUUACAGGUUACAUCCAAAACUGCAACUACAGUUUCGUGAAUGGAAUGAUUUUUGAUAAAAUAUUAGUUUGUUUAAACAAUUGAUAUGUUAUAGCACAGAUCUCAGUAUGAAGACAUAUUGGUCUUCCUGCAGCAAGGACUUGCAAAGAAAUUUUAAUCUGAUGAGUCGAUUAUUCAUUUCACUGUAGAUGUAGGUAAAAAAAGUGUCUAUUGCUAAGGCAUCUACAUGUUUGUAUACUAAAGAACUAAAGUUGUGUCUUGAAUAAGGCGUACUACUUUGUUUUUGUAAACUAACUGUGCCACUGUCAGAAUAUAUAUAACUACUUAAAUACCUGGUGAUGAGUGAAAUAAAAUCAAAAUUACUUCUUACAA